CACCGUGGCUGCGUUAUCAUUUAUGCUGGACCGUCCUUGAUGUGAUUUGAAUCCUAAAUCUCACCUCGGAUUAACACCAAAUUACCUAAUAUACUCUUAGCCUUUGCUAGUUCUUGCUGGAAUAGCUAUCUUGCAUCCGCGUAGUUCAUGCAGAGUAUAGGGCAUUUGCUGGCCACUGCUCGCUGCCUCCUGGGAGAGCGACGUGAUGGGGCCUUGGGGUUAGGUUAGAAUGUUUCCUGCGUAGUUUAUGUGGUUCUGCUCGAAUAAUUCCUUAGCAGACUUCUUUGGCGCGGAUUUACAUCUCUGAACGCGUUACUUCUUGCUGAUUUUCUAAAGUAACAUGCCGUCUCCAACUGACGUUGUGACUGCUGGAUUGCGUCAAUCUUUAGCUGGAGUGUCAAGGAAGGCUGGCAUUGAAACAAAUGGUGAACCAAAUGGUCUGGAUUUAGCCUUGGCAGCUGGCAAUAAACUAGAUGAGAUCACAAAGCAUCAUGUUGAGUUUGAGUUGGCUGAUAACCAGCAGUGCAGCACUCAAAAUGUCCUGAAAUCAAAGUACAUUGUCCUUGAUACAAAGCACUCUUUGGGAGCACAUGGUCUAAAUGGAAAUACCAGUAAUGGAAUCAAAGACCCUGGUUGUUCCAAUGGUGUAUUAAAUGGAAACAAAACUGUUGCUAAUGGUAAUAACCAUAUGAUUGGACCUCAACUUAAUGGUGUCAAAGGAGUUCAUUUAAAUGGUUUAAGCUAUGCAAAUGUCAAUGGUGGACAAGUAAACGGUGUCAAAAAAUAUGGUUCAAAUGGUCAUAUUAAAGGUCCACAAGGCAAUGAAAACUGUUCUUCAAAAUCAGUGAAUUGUGAUUCCACUUUGCCAGAGCCUAAGCAUGUUCUUUAUCAUCCUGACAAAGUCACAUUAGGGUGGAAGGGUUACUUCCGUGCAGGGGCUGGCUUUGUUAAUCUUGGAAACACCUGUUACCUCAAUGCCACGUUACAGGCCUUAUUUCAUGUACCUGCAUUUGUUGAUUGGUUGUUGGGUGACACUGAACAUAUGAAGAAAUGUGAGUUAGUUAAUGGUCAAGGUUAUGGGGAUUGUAUAACCUGUUCAAUGUCAAGAACUUUGCGACUAUCUCAAAGUCAUCCCAUAGUCAAACCCACUCUCAUUACAAGUAAAAUCAAGAUGAUUUGUAGACACAUGUCUCACGGAUCACAAGAGGAUGCUCACGAAUUUAUGAGACACCUUUUAGAAAACAUGGAAAAGGCUUAUUUGAAUAGGUGCAAAGCAACAAAGUUAGAUCCCUACAGUAAAGAAACAACACCCAUUAAUCAGAUAUUUGGUGGAUAUAUUCGGACAGAAGUUAAAUGUCUGAGAUGUAACUAUGCAUCAACCACCUUUCAACAUUUCCAAGAUUUGAUUUUGGACAUAAGGAAAGCAUCGAAAGUGGAAGAUGCCAUGGAUCAAUACUUUUGCAAGGAAAAACUUGAUGGUGAAAAUUCUUACAAAUGUGAAAAAUGUAAAUGUGGUGUUCCUGCUACAAAGAAAUAUUCUAUAGAAAGGCCCCCCAAAGUACUCUGCAUCCAAUUGAAACGGUUUAAUGCUAUUGGUGUGAAGUUACCUAAACCAGUAGAACACAGAACUCAAAUGGAUUUGAAAAGACAUGUCCAUCCUCAGUCAUCGUAUGCCAAAUUUGCAACAGUUCCAUACAGACUUAUCUCCAUGGUGACACAUGUUGGUCCUUCUUCUGGAUGUGGCCAUUAUACAGCCAUAGCGCAGUGCUCUUCACGAACCUUCCAUCACUUUGAUGAUACUCAUGUACAUCCUGUCUCACUCCAGUCUGUUUUAAAUAACUGCGCAUACAUUCUUAUCUAUGAAAUGGAACCUCAGGCAUUGAAGCAUGGCCCUAAGGCUGCAGCUACAGCUUCAAUAUCUUCAAACACUGCAUUAGCUCAGAAUAAUCAAAAUCACCUUAAUGGAACAAAUAAGAAUAUUCAAAACAUGACAGGUGGUCUUCCCUCUGUCAAAGACCGGGAUCGUGUUACUUUUGGGUUGACUCCUCCUAAACCAGCAAGUGCACAGCCUCGACUUGUAAUCCACACAAAGAGACCUGAUGGAAACAGCUCCCUUGUUACUACACCAAAACCAAUCAAUGCUCAAAAUGGUUCAGUGAAGGAAGCACGUCCUCAAAACUUUAUAGGGCCAGUUCAGGUGCUGGCUAAUGGGAAGCACUCUGGUUCUCCUACAGUCGGAAACAUGAAGACAUCUGAUGUGCUUCUUCCCAAUCAGAAUGACUCAGGAAAGAAAGAUAUAUCCAGUGCAGCCAAGCCUGAGCCAGAGAAGAAACACACUGGUUCUUUGGUUCCUUAUGACUAUGAUGACGACUCAAGUUCACGGGAUAGCAGUCUCAGUCCUCCAUUAAACGAUGAUCAAGCGGUGCUCACUGUCAAAGCUACAAAACCAAGUGAUUGGCAAGUGACAAAUUCUUCUGGACUUCGAAGUCCCUCUAUUCACAGCGAAAGUAGCAACCACAGUGUGGCUAGUGCCACUGGUACCAACUGGAAUGUAAUAGAUAAUCAUUCUGUGAAAAGUUCAAUGGGAUUGAAAACUAUUCCGACCCAAAAGAUCAAAGAUGGGAAACUAAAAGAGCAAUCCCCUACAACUACUAGCUAUUCUAGUGACCCAGAGUUAGAAAGUCAAACAGUCAAAUCUGCUCGAAAAUGCAGUAUCAGAGCCAAGAGUGUUGAAAGAGAAUUAAAUGUUGGCGGAAAUGUUUGCUCUUCAAAACAUUCAUUUCCUUUGAAAAAGGUUAGAGUGAGGAGAUCAUCACUUUCCAGUGAAUCUGAUUCUUCCUCUUCCAACAAGCUCAUGAAAAAGAAAGCUAAAAUGUCUGAUCAAACGGAGGAGAAAGGUAUUCCUAAACAGAGUGACGGGAGCAACAGGCUCGAACAAUCUACAUCCUAUAAUGGAAGUCAGUCGUCAUCCUCCCCCAUGGGAAGGAAUGGGAGUGCUGAAUCCAGUAAGGCCCAAUAUACAGGUUCAUCAAUGUGGAAUGGUGAAGGUAAUUCUAACACUGUGAAUGAUCUAAUGAAGAUGUCUCACCACGGAUUCGGCAAUGACCGAGUUACAUCCUGGAAUGGGGAUCAGAGUCAAGUAGAGAGAAGUGUUGAGGAAGACAGACAAGGGUCCUGGAAAAGAACACGAGACGAAUAUGAAAUGGAGCUUGACCGAGGCCGAACCAAGAAGAUGAAAAAGGAUCACAACAGAUGGAAACCAUACUCACAUCCUUUCCAGCACAGGCCUGGACCUCCUACCUUUAAUCAGAACCGAAAGUACAACUACUCCAAUCCCCACCAUCAUUUUAAGAACCGUCCAAAUCACAAUCACAAUCAUAACAGAAAGUGGCAGUCAGAAUAUUAUAAUAAGCAGCCCUCUAAUAACAGAUAUUACCGUAACUAAUUCUUACUGUUAUCUGGUCUGUUAUCUUAUGGUAUUUCGUCUAAUCUGCUGCUUUGAUUUUGCCUGAACUAAAGAAGUACAAUCUGGUUUUGCUUACUUGAUGUAUAUCAUUGAGUUUGAUCAUUGUUAUGUUGGUAAAUGUUCUGAGUUACAAUUUUUGAAUGACUGAUCAAUACCAACCAUGUAGAACACCAUUUGUGUUCUUUGUUGUUUCAACCUCUUCCCUUUAUCGAGUAGGAAUACUUCAGUUAAUUUUCUAUCUUGCAUGCAUAUGUUAAAUUAAGCACAUUCUCUGUAUAAUGUAAAGACUGUUUUCAUCUUUUGCAGUUGUGUGCUAACCUAACUACAUGCAGCAUCUAGCAUCUGCAUUACAAACCUGAUAACAUGACUUCCUCUUUUAACUAAUUUUUAUUAUAAACUUGAACUUCAAAGCUUGACCUAUGACAAAGGGAUGGGUUCUAGAAAGAAUUUGACCAAUGUGUCAUGCAGCAGGAGUCCUUGCAGGUUGAUUACUGCAUGGUGUUUUACAUCUGACAUAUUCUAACUCAGGGAUAUUUGAAGGCCUCCUCAUGCUGUAUUUUGAAUUUCUUUUGUCACAUAGUGUGUGUAAAUUUGUGAUAUAUGUAUUUAAAACAAAAACCUGAUGUAUGUUAUUGUUGUGAGUCCAUUAACAACUCUAUCAUGAAAAAUCUCUUUCCUAUAUUGGAGUUUAUUUCAUUUUCUGUGAUUAUUGUACAGUGUAUAUUACCUUUCAUAUGAUAACUGUGCACCAUGGUGCCUACCUCAUUUAUGAAAUUGCUUUGGAACCGUAGUGAUUGGGCCUGUUUCAAAUGUGUUCUAGUGAUAAGACUUGAUAAGGGCAUUAACUGUACUGAAAUGACUUUCAGAGUCAAAACAUUCUGAAAGAUAUUCAGACAAUGCAGGUUACUGUAUAAAAGAAUUUUUGAGUAUUUUUUAAAUGGGUGAUUGAUAACAGUGAUUCCAAAUAGGAUAUCUCAAAGUUCUGAGAUAUACUAUUUGGAAGCAUUUAUUUCAAAAUGUUCAUUACCUUUGUGGUAUACCAUAUAUUAGGGAUUGAUAAUAUUUUAUUUUAUUCUGUUAAAGUGCAGUUUUGAAUAUGUGUAAUCAGAUUAAAAAUUUUCGUAAGUAUGUACUUUUAUUUACAUGUACGACAACUGUCACAGAUAGUCUUGGCAGUUCCAGAACAAUGGGCAUAUUCUUUUCUUUCUCUUUUUGUUCUGUUUUGUUUUGUUUCAGGGCAUAACUUAUAUUUUGCACCUUCAUUCAUCUUAUCUUUGAAAUGUUAACCAUUUGUUGUAGCUGGAGAACUUGUCAGAUAUUUGGCCCAGUUUUAAAUAUGAUACUGAUGGCAUUAAAAAAGCUCACACUUUUACUUAGUAUCCUAUGUUAUUGAACUGUAAAUAUAAUAGACAAUUUAUGGUCGUUGUGUUACUAUAUUUGAGAUAUUAAACUCUAGUCAAUCAUGAACUGAUGGAGAACACUAUUGGGGGUUGCAGAGACUGUAAGUCAUUGCUUCCUUUCAUGGCUUGAGUGAUGCCAUCAAUACUGCCACGAAACUUACAAGGUACUGGUGAAGGCCAGUGUGGCUUGGUCUAAACUAAAUGAUAAAAUAAAUCCUGCCCACUGCAUUUUGAACCAAAAUACAGAUUAAUCAUUACAAUGGACUUGUUAAUCUUUAAACUUGCACAAUAAUAUACUGUGCAGUGCUGGGAAAAUUUGAAAAAAUGUCUUUAUUAUUAAAAAAAAUAAUUGUGUUUUGAGUUUUGUUUACUGAAAUAAACAACUUAUCAAAAACCUGCUGA